GCCCGGAGCCCGCACCCGGCGGGUGUCUCCUCUGCGCUGCCCAGCAGCCGCUCGCACCAGCCAUGGACUGCUACACGGCGAAUUGGAACCCGCUUGGGGACUCUGCCUUUUACCGGAAAUAUGAGCUGUACAGCAUGGACUGGGACCUGAAGGAGGAGCUCAGGGACUGCCUGGUAGCUGCUGCGCCCUACGGGGGCCCCAUUGCACUGUUGAGGAACCCAUGGCGGAAGGAGAAGGCUGCCAGCGUACGGCCAGUGCUUGAGAUCUAUUCUGCUUCCGGCCUGCCUCUGGCCAGCCUGCUGUGGAAGAGCGGGCCCGUGGUGUCCCUAGGCUGGUCAGCUGAGGAGGAGCUGCUGUGUGUGCAGGAAGAUGGCGCAGUGCUGGUGUAUGGGCUUCAUGGCGAUUUCCGGAGACACUUCAGCAUGGGCAAUGAGGUGCUCCAGAACCGGGUUCUAGAUGCCCGGAUCUUCCACACAGAGUUUGGUUCGGGGGUGGCCAUCCUCACCGGUGCCCACCGCUUUACUCUCAGCGCCAACGUCAGUGAUCUCAAACUCCGCCGGAUGCCAGAGGUGCCAGGGCUGCAGAGCGCACCUUCGUGCUGGACCACACUCUGCCAGGACCGAGUUGCACACAUUCUCCUGGCUGUGGGGCCUGAUCUUUACCUCCUGGACCAGUCAGCGUGCUCCGCAGUGACGCCCUCUGGCCUGGCGCCAGGAGUGAGCAGCUUCCUGCAAAUGGCUGUCUCCUUCACCUGCCGGCACCUGGCGCUCUUCACGGACACAGGCUACAUCUGGAUGGGGACAGCGUCACUCAAGGAGAAGCUGUGUGAGUUCAACUGUAACAUCCGGGCACCCCCGAAGCAGAUGGUCUGGUGCAGCCGCCCUCGCAGCAAAGAGAGGGCCGUUGUGGUGGCUUGGGAGAGGCGGCUAAUGGUGGUGGGUGAUGCGCCUGAGAGCAUCCAGUUUGUGCUGGAUGAAGACUCCUAUUUGGUGCCUGAGCUGGAUGGGGUCCGCAUCUUCUCUCGGAGCACCCACGAGUUCCUACAUGAGGUUCCAGUGGCCAGCGAAGAGAUCUUCAAAAUUGCCUCGAUGGCUCCUGGAGCACUGUUGUUGGAGGCCCAGAAAGAGUAUGAGAAGGAGAGCCAGAAGGCAGAUGAGUACCUCCGGGAGAUCCAGGAGCUGGGGCAGCUGACCCAGGCCGUGCAGCAGUGCAUCGAAGCUGCGGGACAUGAGCACCGGCCAGACAUGCAGAAGAGCCUGCUCAGGGCGGCCUCCUUUGGGAAGUGUUUCCUCGACAGAUUUCCACCUGACAGCUUCGUGCGCAUGUGUCAGGACCUGCGUGUACUCAAUGCCAUCCGAGACUAUCACAUUGGGAUCCCCCUCACUUACAGCCAGUAUAAGCAACUCACCAUCCAGGUGCUGCUGGACAGGCUUGUGUUGCGGAGGCUUUACCCUCUGGCAAUCCAGAUUUGUGAGUACCUGCGCCUUCCUGAAGUGCAGGGCGUCAGCAGGAUCCUGGCCCACUGGGCCUGCUACAAGGUGCAACAGAAGGAUGUGUCCGAUGAGGAUGUUGCUCGGGCCAUUAACCAGAAGCUGGGGGACACGCCUGGCGUCUCUUACUCUGACAUUGCUGCGCGGGCCUAUGGCUGUGGCCGCACAGAGCUGGCCAUCAAGCUGCUGGAGUAUGAGCCGCGCUCUGGGGAGCAGGUACCCCUUCUCCUAAAGAUGAAGAGGAGCAAACUGGCACUGAGCAAGGCCAUUGAGAGUGGGGACACUGAUCUGGUGUUCACGGUGUUGCUGCACCUGAAGAAUGAGCUAAAUCGAGGAGAUUUUUUCAUGACUCUUCGGAACCAGCCCAUGGCCCUCAGUUUGUACCGACAGUUCUGUAAGCAUCAGGAGCUAGAGACGCUGAAGGACCUUUACAAUCAGGAUGACAACCACCAGGAGCUGGGCAGCUUCCACAUCCGAGCCAGCUAUGCCGCAGAGGAGCGUAUCGAGGGGCGAGUUGCAGCUCUGCAGACAGCAGCUGACGCCUUCUACAAAGCCAAGAACGAGUUUGCAGCCAAGGCCACAGAGGAUCAGAUGAGGCUCCUACGGCUGCAGCGACGCCUAGAAGACGAGCUGGGGGGCCGGUUCCUGGACCUGUCUCUGCAUGACACGGUCACUACUCUCAUCCUCGGAGGCCACAACAAACGCGCAGAGCAGCUGGCGCGUGACUUCCGCAUUCCUGACAAGAGGCUCUGGUGGCUGAAGCUGACGGCCCUGGCAGAUCUGGAAGACUGGGAGGAGCUAGAGAAGUUUUCAAAGAGCAAGAAAUCACCCAUCGGCUACCUGCCCUUUGUCGAGAUCUGCAUGAAGCAACACAACAAAUAUGAGGCCAAGAAGUAUGCCUCCCGUGUGGGUCCGGAGCAGAAGGUCAAGGCCUUGCUUCUCGUUGGGGAUGUGGCUCAGGCUGCAGACGUGGCCAUCGAGCACAGGAACGAAGCAGAGCUGAGCCUCGUAUUAUCCCACUGCACUGGAGCCACAGACGGGGCCACGGCUGACAAAAUUCAGCGGGCUAGGGCACAAGCCCAGAAGAAGUGAAGGGCUCACCCCGCACACCUCCCUGAGCUCUAGGCUCGGCCGAAGUGUCACUGCACAUCCUGCUUCUCUCUCAGGGCUAAGCCGAGGAGCUGGGGUGGGGUGGGGUGGUCGCCGGGGGUCUGGUUGUAAAUAAAG